GUGUACAAAUGCCAAAACUGCAUCUGUAAGGAGUCCACCAAGACUGUCACAUGCAAGCCAAAGACGUGCCCAGCACCACCUAUAAUAAGCUGCACUGAACCUGGGUUUGUCCUUGUCAACCAAACUAAUCCAUCAGACCCCUGCUGUUCUGCCUUUGUUUGCCAAUGUCACUGAGACACUUGCCCACCCAUUGAAAAGAAGUGUGAAGUAGGAUAUGAGAUGGAGGACAAUGUUCCUGAAGGAAAAUGCUGUCCAGAACACACAUGUGUGCCCAAAAGAGUGUGUGUCCACAAAGACAUUGAAUACAGGCCUGGCUCUCCAGUUCCUGCACCUCCAUGUCAGGAUUGUAUCUGUACCAAUGAGGUGGACCCCAAUACUGGUCUAUUUAAAAAACGUUGUGAGUUUCAGACAUGCAAGAAAAACUGCGACCUGGGAUAUGAGUAUCAGGAAACUGAUUUCGAUGAAUGCUGUGGGAAAUGUGUACAGACACACUGUGUUGCUUGUGUCAAUGGUACUGAUAAGCUCUUGAAGCCGGGAGAUACCUGGUCACCACCUGAGAAUAAGUGUCUGCACUACACCUGCAUUAAGUUCGGAAACACUUUAACAGCAUUCAAUUCGCACAUCGUCUGCCCGCCAUUCCAUCAGAGCAACUGCCAGCCUGGCACCAUUCAGACAUCAGCUAAUGGCUGUUGUAAAAUCUGUGUGGAGAAGGAGAAGGGCUGCAAGCGUGUAUCCAUGAAAACAUUCAUUAUGCAUGGGUGCUGUCAGUCUUACAAUGAGGUGGAUCUGCCAUAUUGUGAAGGAACCUGCAACACUUUCACCAUGUACUCUUAAGCAGCGGCCGCUAUGGAGCAUUCUUGCUCCUGCUGUAGGGAGACACGCUCCAGCAAUCGCACUGUCUACUUGCACUGCCUGAAUGGAGAUGUGGUUCCCUACAUAUACAUCCACGUGGAGGAAUGUGGUUGCAGCCACUCAGACUGCACUAGACCUGCUGCAAAACCUGCUCGCAGGAGGCGAAGUUCCACACUGGUGUAAUAAAAACAUCUGUCAUCACUUUAAUGGAUGAAGGAUGUAAAAGUUUCUUCCUAUAUUGUCUUAACAAUUAUUACAUCUCUUACAAAGCUUUGUAUAGAGAAUAUUA